UGGCAUUCAGAGAAUGUAGUGCUCGCAUCAAAUGUAGUCAAUGUUAGAUUUAUUGUUGACAAACACAAAAUUUGUACUCAAUUGAACAAGGAAGUCAAUCUACAGAGAAAUCAUCAAAAUGCCGCCGAAACCAAGGAAGACCGCCAAGGGCAAGGGCACGGAGAUCAACAAAAUGACCAAUGUGGACCGCACUUUCUAUGAGCUGCAGAUCACGGACUUGAACCAGAAGCUGGCGCGCCUGCGUUCCCAUUUGGCCAAUAUGGAUGAGUCCAAUAUUACCCUACAGGCAAAGAUGCAGGACAUCGAUACAGAUCGCACUGAUGUGGCUGCCCAUCUGGAACGCACCCUGGCGGAACGUAAUAACUCAAUAACAGAGCUGGAAGAGCGCUUGGUCGAGAUAUCAAAGGUACGCAACGAGGAGAAGCAGGUGGCACAGGAGAAAAUUGCCGACUUGGAGGGCAAAUACAAGGCGAUGCAUGACCAACUGACCUCGGAGAUAAAGCUCCUCAAUGGCAAGCUGAACUCCCUGGAUGAGUUUCGCAUACAACGUGAUAUACUGCUCGCCAAGUUCGAUGAUCAGGAAAUCGAGAUACGGGAAAAGGAGAAGCUACACAAGGAGGCGCUCUACAAUAUGGAACAGGCCGCAGUUGUGGAGAAGGAUGCGUUGAAGAAGGAGGUCGAAGCCAAGUUGCUGCAGGUUUCCGAGGACUUCACGCGCUCCAGCGAGAUUCGCAACGCUGGCUAUACGCGACGACUGAUAAGAGAGAAUAUUGCUCUUCAGAAGGAGAUCGAUCUGCUGGUGAUGUCGCAGAUCAAGCUGCAGCAGCUGUACAACAACCAAAAGGAGAAGCACAAGGAGAUUAUGGUGCAGUACAGCGCCCUGGAUCAUAUCAAGAAUGAGCUCGUACGCAACUCCAUAAACAAGAUCAAAAUAAUCGAGAAUUUGACAACCAACUAUGAGAAGCUCAAGGGCAAGUACGUUGAGGCGCUGCAGUAUCGCCGAGCCUUCGAGGAGCAGCAGGAGGCCGAUAAGCUGGUGGAUGCAAAGAACAAAGAUGCUGUUGGUAAAAUCAAAUCCCUCUGCAGGCGCAUCGAGACCCAGGCGCUGGAGAAGCGUCAUCUACAGGCCAUCCAUGAUCAGCAUGAGGGCGAAAUAAUACGCUUACGCGGCAUCAUACAGGAGAUCAAGGUAACGGUGCGCGAUGCCAUCGUCAGCCAACAAUGCAUUAAGCUGUUCCCGGAAAGACUCGAGGAGGCUAACGUCGAAACACAGGAAGUCAUUGACGAAGUUCGCGAGGAAGCGAUCAACAUGAAUAAGAUGGCACGCAGCGAUCUGCUCUCCAAGCUGAUGAACAUUGUUAGCUCCCAUUCCGCUGAGCUGCCACGCACGCCCUCUGUAGAAACUAUCAGCACUGUGACCUCAUCCUUGUACACGCCGGGCAAAAUGGGCUUUAUGCCACACAAGCCUCGGCCAGCUGUCUGUGAUCUAUUCCAGACGGAGGUGGUAGACAUACUGCCGCAGCUCCAGGUGAAUAUGCCAGAUUGUCUGCUGAAGCGUCACGGCCAGACUACGGCUAUGGCUGCAUAUAAGGAGGACGAUCGUAUGUCAAUAGUGGAUGUUGCUCUCGGCACCACUCUGUAUGUGUCGUCAUCUCGUGAGGAUGAUGUAAUCGAGGUGGAGGAGGAACCGCUCGAAGAGCCCGAAGGUUCCAGCAGCAGCGUUUCUGUGCAGAAGGACAGCAGCGAGGGUAGCGCAGCUCCACCGACUCCUGCACCACUGGCCAAGCCAGUAAUCGACGAAGUUGUUAAGUUGGAUACUUCGAAGUCGGGACACAGCAUAUCAACCACUGGUCAGACUGGCCUAACUAUCGAGGAUGAGAAUGUGGACGAAGAGGACGAGUUUGAAAUCAACUUGUUCUACUAAAGCAAAUCACUUUCAGUUGUUAUAUAAAUAUGUAAAUGUAUUCUUGCAAAUAUUUUGAUUUGGCGUAACAACUAAAUAAAGAGUAUUCAAGCCCAGAACUGGGUAAUACG